CGAGCCUUCUCCCUUCGACGUCUUAUAAUGAUUCUCUGUACGUCAAUCUGAGCAAGUCGUUAUAUCAAUUUCGCCUUUCAGGUUCUCCUUUCUCCGAUUCUUCCUUUUCAAUCAGCUUCUCGUUUACAUUUCUUAUAAACGUCUAUCUCCACACGAAAACAACCUUUCCAGUCCUUCUCACCACCUCCACCAUGUCUCUCUUCGAGCGCACUACAAGAGAGUGCUCAACUAGACCCCCGCGACUCCAGCCAUCGCCUUCGCUUCCCAAUUUACGACCAAGUCCGCGAGAGAUGGUUACAUCUCGCCACGUGGCUCCCCCGCAAUCAUCAAACUUGCGUAAUUCGGCUUCUCCAAUACCCCCGCAGCCCCCUACUACCAAAGAUACCAGUCGUUCAAAGACUUAUUCCAGGAAGCCUACAGCAACAAGUCAUUACCUCACGCCACCUCUCACGCCAUCUUCAUCCCUUCAAAGCGAUGGCACCGAUCAUGAAUCUACAGAUUUCAACAUUCCCAUUGCAGAUCUGAAGGGUCUCACCCUCGCUGAUUCUGGUCCCGAAAGCAAUCAGCACAGCAGGUUUCUGAUCAUCGGAAAUGCACCCAGUGAUAUAUCCGAGGAUGUAAUUGCUCAAUAUUUCAAGAGUCUUUCAUCUCCCACCAUCACUAGCCCCAGGGCGCGUUCCGCGCGCCGCUUUCCGCCAAAACCGAUCCAAAACAUUUUCCGCAGGAGUCCGGAAAAUCGAGAUUUCAUAGUCGCAUUCCAUGACGUACGCGAUGCUGAACGCGCCAAGCGCGUCAUCGAGUCAAGGGCGUCUACACGGAUGCAAGAUGAUGGCAAAACUAUCUCGAGUGCGCAAGCUACUGGUGUUGCUUGGCAGGAGGCGUUAACGUGCUGUCUUGCAGAAACUGGACAUUGUGCAGAGCUUUUGGGCACCUUGUCUCCCGUUUUUAUGACACAAACAGAAGGCGCGUUCUGCAUAUCUGUCAAUGAUACUUCACCCACUCCCGAUUUUUCUGCUUCUCGAGCCCAGAGGCAUUUUGCUAUUCCGGUCAAAAUCAAGAGUAUAUUGGAAAAAUAUGGGGACGUCAAGGCCUUCAACUGCAUUAACGAAGAUAUCGAGAGCUCGACUCAGGCAAGUCUCUCACCGUUUGCCCAUCCUUGUCUGUGUUCCGUUAUCCACUUGCUACGAUUAGCCCGUAGCGUGCACUUUUGGCCUACUACCGUACGGGCUUCCCUUUCGGAUACUCAGUUUCCGACGUCACCCUUCCCGUAAUUGACAAGUCAUUAACCUGUUAAAUGACCUAGAUUUUCCAAGCGGAAUAUUUUGACGUCCGAGAUGCGGAUGCUGCUUGGGAAGAGCUGGACGGACGUGUUGUGGAUAGCAUGAAACUUCGUCUUUUCAGCAAGGCAUCCUUACGUGAUCAUUCCGCAGAAGCCCAGAAGGAAGUUUCGUCAUUUAAUAGAGAAUGCGAAAUCGGGAGCGAACAUACCGCGGAGCCGAAGACACCCACGGCGACUACUUAUUUAUCGCAGUCACAAGCC